UGUAAGGUAAAAGACGGAAUGCACGGAACUAUUGAACCGAUAACUGCUGUUAGCUCAUCUAUUCUUAUUCAAAUUUUACCCUUUCACAAUUGAGAGCACCUGGCUAGUUUGCUGCGAUCGAAUACAGCAUAUGUACACUGUAGGGCAAAACAUAACAAGACCGCGAUAACAAAAUGGAGAAUACUGGAACUGUAAUAUCUUGAUCAAGUUGACUGCAAAGUUUUGAGGAGGUGUGGAUGUUGUUACCACCAGCCUCAUCUUGGCCCUGCACUUUCGGGUGGAAACUCUUUCAAGAUGUCGCUGAUCGUACACGUCCAGAGUGCCCGCGGGUUCCAUUCCAAGGGGGAACGGCUUGCUAAAAUAACUUUUAGAGGUGUAAGCCAAAUGACACAAACCUAUGAAAAUAUCGCAGAUGAGGUGGUUUGGGAUGAGCAAUUUGAAUGGGCCAUGGGGAGCGGUAUUGUAGCAGAUGAGAUGCUGGAAAUUACAGUCGUCAGCUUCAACAAAUACCUUUCCAACAAGUCGAUAGGGUCAUUCAGGAUGGUGCUACAGGAGGUGAUGGAGAGAGGGUCAGUGAAGAUUGGAGAACCCCUCCUGGACAGUAACAACAGAGGCAUGCAUGUUGCCAUCUUCUUUGAGGUGUUCUACCAGGCGCCGGACGGCACUGUGGGAGAUUGGCAGCAGGAGACCUUCACGGCCCCUCCUCCUUCCCAUCAUGCAUCAGAUAACUUGGGUUUCAUGGGACAGGAGAUGGACUUCGAUGAAGACGGGUCUCGGUCCGUCUACUCAGAGAGCUUCCAGCUCAUGAAGAAAGGGGCGCACCAUGGGUCCUCACAGAGUCUGAGCUCUAACAAGAGUUCAAAGAGCAUGCUUGGCAAGAUGAAACUGAAGAAAAAGAAGAAGAAAGAUGAAUACGUAGCAGAUGUUGGUAUAGAGAGGAUUGGCAAGGAGGCACCGCUCCUGGAGAUCGAUGAGAUGGACGUCAGCGUGAUGGGGGAUGAAAGCGACGUUGAAGAGGACCCUGGGAUCCCUCCGUAUAAGAAGAUGGGGCCUAUUGGCAGUGAGAAUCCGGCACAGAAGUUUCAAGAUUUCCAGGUAUCCAUCACCGUACAUGAAGCCAGGCAAUUAGCAGGACUGGACAUUGACCCGGUCAUCUGUGUUGAGGUUGGAGACAAGAAGAAAUACACCAGCGAGAAGAAAUCUACCAACUGCCCCUUCUACAAUGAGAUGUUUGUGUUUGACUACCAUGAACCACCAGGGAUCAUGUUUGACAAGAUCGUCAAAAUCACAGCUCUACAUUCCAGAAAUGUCUUGCGGUCUGGGACGGUGAUUGGAUACUUUAAGUUUGACGUAGGCACACUAUACCAGGCACCAGACCACGCGUUCAACAACAAGUGGGCCAUACUGACUGACCCGAACGACGUCAAUGGAGGUCCCAAGGGGUACGUCAAAUGUGACAUCUUGGUCAUGGGUAAGGGUGACUCGGUCAAGCCUCCCAAGAAGACCAAAGACGACGGUGAAAAUAUUGAAGGGAACUACCUCCUCCCCGAGGGUAUCCCAACGAUCAGACCGAGAGCCACAUUCAAUGUGCGUGUCUACAGGGCUGAGGGUCUACCUAUCAUGAACUCUGGUCUACUAGCCAACGUCAAGAAAGCUAUCACUGGAGAGCUCAAUGAUCUAGUCGAUCCCUUCGUUGAAGUCACAUUUGCAGGGCAAACGGGCAAGACAUCGGUGAAGAAGCACCGGUAUGAUCCCAACUGGAAUGAACAGAUCUGCUUCAGUGAGAUGUUUCCCCCGCUGUGUAGGCGCAUGAAGAUCGUUCUCAAGGAUAAAGACAGCAUGAUCGACGACACGAUCGGAACCCACUUCAUCGACCUUGCCAAGAUAUCGAGUGAAAAUGAUGAAGGGUUCUUGCCAACAUUUGGACCCAGUUGGAUCAACCUGUAUGGCUCCACCAGAGACUACAAUGCGGUGGACUCCAAUCGCAAGCUGAACAAGGGUGUCGGGGAGGGCUGCAUGUACAGAGGACGACUCCUGAUAGCCAUCAAGACAGAGGUCCAGGAUAGUACCCUAGAGUCAGGCGCGGUCAGGGUGGAUACAGAACCCUGUCUACCAAUCUCAGAGGCUGCACCGGGAAGGAAAGAUGAAUUUUUCUUCUUUGCAAGUCUCUUUGAAGCUUCCAUGAUAGACAAGAAGCUUGGAGACAAACCAAUCACCUUUGAGUUAUCCAUAGGUAACCAUGGGAACCAGAUCGAUGGACGCAACAUGCACGCGGCUCGCACCACCUACGACGAAUCAGACUCCGAAGAGGAGCAGCUAAUCCAGCCGAACCCGUCUGAACCCGUGCAGGAGGUGGGCGUGUCCAUGACCCCACCCAUGCAGCCCAAGAUGGUGGACAAGAACUACUACUACAUGCCGUUUGACGAGAAGAAGCCGAUCAUGUAUCUCAAGUUCACCACCGAGGACCAUAGAAGGCGCUUCUAUAACAUGAACAUCCUCUACAAGAUCGCAGAGAAAUUGGAGCAGGGAAUAGCUGAUGUAACCGACAGACUCUCCAAAGAGAAACCAAACUGUGAGAAAGUGCUACGGAAGGUCUUCAAAGCAUUUGUUGAGUCCUGCACACAAUUCUCCAAGCUGACAAAGGGCACAGGUGGAGGGGCUAACGCAGGCAAGACUAAGCUGGACAGAGAAAGACAUAAAUGGCUGCUUUCUGAAAUGAAAGUGUUGAUGAUGGAUGCCCAGGAGGUGCUGGGAGAUGAACAUAACGAGCUCAAGAGAGGGGGGCAUGGGACAUACAGGGGUGGGGGCGCAGAAAGGUCCCCUAGGGGUGUAUCCCCAGCCCAGUCCCCUGUCAGACAAUCCCCUAGGAAGGCCAAACCUCGAUCUAUGGAUCUCUUCAAUCAGGAUUUCGAUUUGGAUGACAACUUCAUCACCAGACAGGAGGAAAUAAACAAGAAGACAAAGGACUUGUUGAAAGGUAGACGAUGGACCCAAAGAGCCAUUAAGGAGAAGCUUAAGGCCGUCAGGGGCUUCCUGCAUCGUCUGAAGUUCCUUGCUGAUGAGCCCCAGAACUGUCUUCCAGAUCUGUUUGUUUGGAUGAUCAGUAACGGUAAGAGAGUGGCUUACACCAAGAUCAAGGCCAGGAAUCUCAUGUAUUCUAUGGUGGAGGAAGAGAAAGGAGAUCUCUGUGGCACCAUGCAAACUCUCUUCUUGAAGCUCCCAGGCAAGAAGGGGACUGGUUCCGGAGGCUGGUCAGUGCAGGCCAAGCUUGAUGUCUUCCUAUGGCUAGGUCUCAACAAGCAUCGUAAGGACAUGCUGAAGGGACUACCCAGUGGCUACCAUAUGGACCCAGAACUCAAGGCAUCAGUCAAGCCUACCAAACUACCCCCUCCUCUCGUCUUCUAUAGAGAGAAACUGGUCUUCCAGCUACGAUGCCACAUCUACCAGGCAAGGAGCCUCAUUGGGUCAGACUCUUCCGGUCUCUCUGACCCCUUCGCUAGGGUCGUGCUUCGGGAUGAGGUCAAACAGACAAGGGUGAUCCAAGAGACGCUAAGCCCGACCUGGGAUGAGGUCCUCAUCUUUGAGAGGUUUGUUGUUUAUGGGAACAGAGCGAACAUGAAGGAGGAACCACCCAUCAUCUGUAUUGAGUUCUUUGAUAUUGACAUUGGGAUUCAGACCGGCUGUGAAUUCAUCGGUCGAACCCUGAUCAGACCAAUCGUCAACAUGCUUGAUGACUACUAUGAAAAGCCACUCUUCCCUCCUAUGCUACAGUGGCAUGAUAUCUACAGGGGGCAGAGCCAAGGAGGACAGCUGCUUGCUGCGGUCGAGAUGAUUCAGUUGACGAAGGGCACUGAAUCUCUCCCAGUUGGUAUUCCAAUCAUCACCAUCCCUCCCUAUGAUGAGAAGAAGAAGGAAACUCCAAUUAUCAACAUCCCAAAAGAGAUCAAGCCAAGACUGUGCAAGUUCAGAGUGGAAAUUCUGUUCUGGGGUGUGAGAGAGUUGAAGAGACUUCAGCUGAUGACCGUAGACAAGCCUCGUUGUGACAUAGAGGUCGGCGGGGUCACCAUCUCUUCCAGUAUCAUCUCCAAUGCUCAGCGCAACCCCAACUUCCCCAACAAUGUCCAGUUCAUUGAUGUGGAUUUGCCGGAGAAUGACCUCUACUGCCCUCCACUGACCAUCAGGGUGGUGGAUUGUCGUCAGUUCGGACGUUUCACCCUGGUCGGUACCAACGUGGUGGGCAACCUUUCAUCCUACAAACUCAAGGAGAAAGAAGAGAAACCACCGGAAGAAGAACUGGAAAUUCCCUUUGGUUUUAAGGGUGUCGGCCUGUUUUCCAAAGAUACUCCUGCAACUGUUUCAGCAGCGGACGUGCUACUAGGUGUUGGUGGUCCAGGUGGCCCAGAGAGAGGUGGCCUGAACGGAUCCGCCAGGCUCCCCGGUAAUGGCUACCCCCGCUCCCUCAAUGGUAAUGGAAACCUCCUGGGCUCAGGCCGGGCCUCUAAGCCCGGCUCCAAGGCCGGAUCCAAGGCGGGAUCCAAGGCAGGCUCCAAGGCUGGCAGCGUGAUAAUCACACUGGAUCCACCCCUCGAUCCAAAUGGUAAAGGCGAUGCAGUGAUAGACAUGCCACCAGAUGGGAAGCCUCCAUUAGAGGGAGAGGGGGGUAAGGACGAAGCAGGGAAGGAGGGAUCUAUGAAAGGUGGUGAUGGAAAGCCUGGAGAAGGGUCCAAAGACGGAGUAGAAGGAGCAGUAAAAGAGGGUGAGAAUGCUGAAGGAACACCGGGUGCUGCCGGUAAGAAGAAACUGGACGAGGAUGAGGAGAAUUCUCUAGACUGGUGGUCUAAAUACUUCGCUACCAGGGCUGCCCUUGAAAAGGAAGAAAUAGCAAAUAUGUCUACAGGUUUGCCAUUAAUGGAGCAAGCGGAUCAAGCCGAUGGAAAUCAAGACAUAGACCUAGAGCAACCAGAGAAUGAAGACCUUAUCGUCAUAGAUACCACUGAGAAGAAGGAGAAGAAGGAGGUGAAGGAGGAGGGUAAGAAGAAGGGCGGGGCCCUCAAGAGGAUGGGAGGAGGGCUGGCUGCUGCCAAGAAGCUCAUGAAGAAAGGCGAUGGAGACGAGGACAGUAUGAUGGAUAUGAACAUGGAGGAAGAGGAGGAAUUAGAUGUCUGUCUCAUACAGUUCUACUCGACUGAGCUGGAGAAUGUUCCAGACUUCAAUGGGUUCAAGGAGUGGCUUCACACCUUUGAGCUUCUACGCGGGAAGAACACCGGAGAGGAGGACAGUGACAGCAGGGUGGUGGGCAAGUUCAAGGGAGCCAUAGCCUUGUACAAGUGGCCCCUACCCCCUGAGAUCGAGAAAGACCCUACCAAGAUGUUUGGUAGCUUGGAUCCCAAGCUGGGAUACUUUCAGAAGCUUCCCAAGAACGACCCCAUGGGUGUCCUAGUGAGGGUCUACAUUAUCAAGGCCAUCGACCUUCAUCCUACUGACGUCAACGGAAAGGCCGAUCCGUAUGUCCAGAUACACCUGGGCAAACACAAGACCAACGACAAAGAGAACUAUGUCUCCAAGAACCUCAAUCCAACCUUCGGCAAGUGUUUUGAGUUUGAGGCUACCUUUCCCAUGGAGUCGAAGCUAGCCAUUCAGAUCUAUGACUGGGAUAUGAUAGGAUCAGACGAUCUCAUCGGUGAGACCAUGAUUGAUCUUGAGAAUCGCUACUACAGCAAGCAUCGAGCAACAUGCGGCUACUCCAAGGAAUUCAAUCUGUAUGGAUACAACAAUUGGCGUGAUCCUCAGAAACCUGCCCAGAUUCUAACCAGACUGUGUAAGGAGCACAAGGUCGAACUGCGCUUCGCUCCGGGUCAAGCAGAGGUCGGAGACAAGAUCUACUACGGAGAACAGUUCAUUGAAGAUGAAAGUGGAAACAGUAAGGCUACUGAUGACCUGACCUCAUUGGAAGCACUGCUCCACUGGGAUGAAAUCGCUGAAGUGGGAUGUAAGCUGGUCCCUGAACACGUGGAGACAAGAUCACUCUAUCAUCCUGAUAAACCAGGCAUUGAACAGGGCAAGGUAGAGAUGUGGGUGGAUAUGUUCCCAAUGGACAUGCCCCUCCCUCAAGCUCCGGUGGACAUCUCACCUCGUAAACCCAAGCGCUAUGAGCUGCGGGUGAUCAUCUGGAACACGGAUGAUGUGGUUCUUGAAGAUGACUCCCUCCUGACUGGAGAGAAGAUGAGUGACAUCUAUGUCAAGGGAUGGUUGCUUGGCCCGAGCGCGGACACCCAAUCCACGGAUGUCCACUACCGUUCCCUGACUGGAGAGGGUAACUUCAACUGGCGUUUCAUCUUCCAGUUUGACUACCUGGCCGCUGAGGAGAAGAUGGUCAUCAAGAAGAAAGAGUCUGCCUUCUCCAUCGACGAGACGGAGUACAAGGUCCCGCCUAGAUUGAACCUUCAGGUCUGGGAUGCAGAUCACUUCUCUGCUGAUGACUUCCUUGGAUCACUAUCACUUGAUCUGAACCGGUUCCCGCGUGGGGCCAAGACGUCCAAGAAGUGUUCCAUCGAUUCAUUCCGAGCCAUGAACAAGAUGUCAAUCUUCAAACUCAAGAGAACCAAGGGAUGGUGGCCUUUCAUUGCCAAGUCAGAGAAGGAAGGAGAAGAACUCACGGGUAAAGUGGAGGCUGAGAUGGCUCUCUUGACUGAGGAGGAGGCAGAGAAGAGCCCUGCAGGGAAGGCUCGUGAUGAACCAGACCCUCUAGCUAAACCAAAUCGUCCUGAUACGUCAUUCAUGUGGUUCAUGAGUCCAUGGAGAGCUCUCAAGUUCAUGAUCUGUAACCGUCUCAAAUGGCUGUGUAUCAAACUCCUCGCCGUAUCCCUCGUCCUGCUUCUAGUCGGUCUCUUCAUCUAUGCCUCGCCUGGAUAUAUAGUCAAGAAGAUCCUUGGAGCAUAGCAGAUCAAUAUUGUCUUCAUGCGAUGCCAAUUUGAUGAUUAGUUACUCUUUAUAUUAUUAUUUCUUUCUUCUGUAUGCUCUCCACCAUUAACUUCACUCAUGUCACCCUAGGCAAUGUAAUGUCUCUUUUAUUGAAUAUCUUGUUGGUCUUUUCAUCUAUGCCUCCCCCUGGAUGCAUAGUCAAGAAGAUCCUCGGAGCCUAGUGGAUUAUUAUCAUGGACAGUGUGAUGCCAAUUUGAAAAUGAGUCUGGCUCUUUGUAUUUAAAG